AUGAAUCAUGAAAACAUAGCACUAUUUGAAAGUGAGUUUUCUCAAAUUCACCUUAAUCAUCGUAACAAUCUUGACAAAAAAAUAUCUCCAACUCGAAGAAAGAAAAUAUUAUAUCCGCAACAUCUAUAUCCAAUGGUAAGGAAUGAUACAGGGGGUAGGCAAAUUUCAAAAGAGUUAUCUCCAGCUCCUAUGACUGAUUUGAAUUCAAGCAAACCUGACAUGUCGAGAACUCCAGUUACACCAAACAGAAUAACAAGUACACCUAAUAGCGACACCCAAAAUAAACCAACCAAUCUAACCAGCUCAAAAAAUCCAUUCCGGUCAAACAGAACAAUGAGUUAUCCAGUUCCAGAUAAAAUUUCCAAAAAAACCGAUGGCCAGUUUUCAUUUAUGAGAGAGACAUCGUCAUCAUUACAAAAGAAACAAGUAUUGACUCCUAUUAACGAUAAACGUACCACCAAUGGCAAAUCUCCAUCAAUGGGUCUGUCCUCAACAAAGAAACGCUUAGAAUAUUCUAGGCAAUUGUCACAACGAUCCAAGAGACACAUCUCUAACAGUGGGAUCAAUAAAUCAAAUCAUGAUGCAAGCGAUUUUGAAAGCGUACAAGCUGGUAAAUACAAGCUGAGUCUGGAAUCAUCACCCGAUGAAUAUUACCAACUAAACACUGAUGAUAUUGUAAUUGACGAAUCACCCUCCAAACCAAGAAGACAUGUCACCCAACCUCUACCGAAGACAGAUAACGUAUUUACUAGAUUAUAUCCGAAAUCAUUGAAACAACCGACAGCAAAACUGCCAGCACCAAAACAGAAUAAAGAAACACAACUUCUGAAAGCUAUGCAUCGACUGAAAAUAGAUUCUGUUUCACAAUUACAUCAAUCUUUGUACAUAAAGAAUCCUCAACUAUUCCAAGAAGAUACAUUGGAAGAACAAACUGAGACACCUUACGAUAUCCAAGAAUCUGAUUUGGAUGGUCUCAAUAUGUAUGAAAAAGGUGAAAUUGCAAGGAAAAAAGAGAUUUAUUAUAUACCAAAACGACCGCUUCGACAAAUAACUGUGAAUUCACAGGAAAACAAUUUUGGAUUUGAUGAUAACAAGGGCAAUUAUAUUAUUAUUCCGCAAGAUCAUAUUAAUUAUCGCUAUGAGAUUGUAUCUGUUCUUGGGACGGGAUCAUUUGGAAAUGUUGUUAUGGCAAAAGACCAUAAAACACACCAUCUAGUAGCAGUUAAAAUUGUCAACAAUCACGUAAAUUGGUCCUUGCAACAAUCUAUCAACGAAAUAAAGCUCCUCAAAAACCUUCAGGACAAACAAAAGACUUUAGAGAAUUCAAAUAUAAUUUCUAUAUUAGAUAACUUCAAUUUUCGAAGCCAUAUGUGUAUUAUUACAGAACUUUUGUCAAUCAACUUGUAUUCAAUGUUAGAGUUGACUAAUUUUCAAGGAUUCGGUUAUGAUUUACUGCAGUACAUAACCCGACAAAUACUUACAGGAUUACAAUUUAUACAUGAUUCCAAUAUUAUUCAUUGUGAUAUCAAACCAGAAAACAUCAUGAUUAAACUACCACCAUCUCCUAAACACAACUGGUUUAUAGUCAAAAUAAUUGAUUUUGGAUCAUCGUGUUUUGUCAAUGAUACCAGUUUUACAUACAUUCAAUCAAGAUACUAUCGAGCUCCUGAAGUAUUACUUGGCACAAGUUACGACCAAAAGAUAGAUAUAUGGUCACUAGGAUGUCUUGUCGUUGAAUUGUUCACAGGUGUACCAUUAUUACCAGGAAAAAACGAAUAUGAUCAACUUGGAUUAAUAGUGGAGUUGUUUGGAAUUCCCAAAACACAAACAAUACUAAAAUUGAGGAAUAAAUUAACCAAAAAGACAAAUCAAGUACUGAUUGCAUCAAAUGCUACAGUAGUAGUUCCCUUACCAUCUAUACUGGAUAAGAGUUUGAAAAGGACUUUAAUUUAUAAAGUGUUUGAUCAUAAUGGGAAAAUAAACCUUUCGGCUUUAUCACAGUAUUACAACGACACAAAUGUCACAUCAGUGAAUAAAUCUUUUAAAAUCAGUUCAAAAACUUUAGAGGGACAAAUUGGACUUCAUAGAUUUAAUUUGAAACCUGAAGAGAAAGAAAGAUUUUUGCAAUUUUUAUUUUAUAUAUUUGUGUGGGAUCCUAGUGAAAGAAAAACAACACAUGAUCUAUUAAAUACCCCCUUUUUAGAGUAA